CGGCGAGUCCCGACGGCGGCGGCGGCUACUGAGGGGCCGGGCGUGGAGCAGCGGUGGCGGCGGCGGGCGGCAACGGAGCAGCCAUGAGGGCCGGGCCCAGUCACCGACAUGUGAGCGACUGCCCCAUGUUGUGUUGAUGCCAGUCUGCCAUGCUAGCCUGUCUGCCAGGGCCAGGUGACCUGUCCUUUCAGCUUCUUUCUCACACGCAGAUGAACACUGGACUUCAGAAAUGGGACACUACACAGAAAAUGAGAGCUGCUCACUAUCCUACCCCAGCCGAAUUGGACGCGUAUGCUAAGAAGGUCGCAAACAACCCACUGACUAUAAAAAUCUUCCCCAACAGUGUGAAGGUUCCCCAGCGGAAACACGUUCGUCGUACUGUGAACGGCCUCGACACAUCAGCCCAGCGCUACAGCCCCUACCCGACUCAGGCCGCCACCAAGGCAGGCCUGCUUGCCAUUGUCAAAGUGCCAGCCAAAAGCAUACUCAAGGACUUUGACGGCACCCGAGCCCGAUUGCUCCCUGAGGCCAUCAUGAACCCCCCAGUGGCGCCCUAUGCUACUGUGGCACCCAGCACUUUAGCCCACCCCCAGGCCCAGGCUCUGGCCCGCCAGCAGGCCCUGCAGCAUGCACAGACCCUGGCCCAUGCCCCUCCCCAGACGCUGCAGCACCCUCAGGGUAUCCCGCCAGCCCAGGCGCUGUCCCACCCUCAGAGCCUCCAGCAGCCUCAGGGCCUGGGCCACCCUCAGCCCAUGGCCCAGACCCAGGGCCUGGUCCACCCUCCUGCCCUGUCUCACCAGGGUCUCCAGCACCCCCCCAAUCCCUUGCUGCAUGGAGGUCGGAAGAUGCCAGACUCAGAUGCCCCCCCGAAUGUGACCGUGUCUACCUCAACUAUCCCCCUUUCAAUGGCGGCCACCCUGCAGCACAGCCAGCCCCCGGACCUGAGCAGCAUCGUGCACCAGAUCAACCAGUUUUGCCAGACGAGGGCGGGCAUCAGCACUACCUCAGUGUGUGAGGGCCAGAUCGCCAACCCCAGCCCCAUUAGUCGCAGUCUGCUCAUCAAUGCAAGCACCCGGGUGUCCACCCACAGCGUCCCCACGCCAAUGCCUUCAUGUGUGGUCAAUCCCAUGGAGCACACCCAUGCGGCCUCGGCCGCGCUGCCUGCCACAGGCCCUGUCAACCUGCCCACGGGCGUCUCUCGAGCCCCCACUGGCUACCCUAGCGACCUCAAGCCAGUCGCCUGGAACCAGCACCAGCUGGCCCACCUACAGCAGAUGUGCAGUGAGGCUGGUGGGACGCCGGCCCCUGGCCUGACAGGCAAGCAUGCAGCAGGACGCGAGUUGGCAGGGCCUGGCUUUGUAGGCAAGGCCCCUGCCUACCCGCAGGAACUCUGCCUGGCACAGUCCUUCCAUCUGAAGCCAGCCCUGGAGAAGCCAACCCCGUCCCCACCCAUCAACGGCCUGGCAGCCCCACUGGCCUACCCCAAUGGUCACUACUUCCAGCCCCUGUGGAACAACAUUCUGCCCACGCCCAAUAGCGACAGCUCGGGGUCUCAGGACCUCGCCAUGCCGUUCCAUGGUGGGCAGCCCACGGGUGCACCCCUCGACUGUGGGACGGCUGCUGGGGCCCACUACCGAGCAGGGACCGGGGGUGGGCCGGUGGCAAGCCAGAACAGCUUGAUGCAAACGGUGGAUUACCUAAGCGGGGAUUUCCAACAGGCCUGCUUUCGAGAACAGAGCCUGGCCAUGCUGAGCAAGGCCCACCGAGCCCCUGGCACCCGAGCCCCUGAUCCCGCAGAUAGUCGAAAUCUUCAUCUUCAGCACCCUGGGUAUAGAUAGGGAGCCCCUGGUGCCCUCCACAAGCUACACAUCGUACAGCACCCUCCUAGGUGUAGACUUACUUUUGAGUAAUUGGAUAGUUUCAAAAUUUCGCUGCUCCAGUGUGAUCAUUCUUAGAUGUCUAAGAAAGGGAAUUUGGUGGGAUCUAAUUGAGGACAGCAGGGGAUCCCCUGUGCCUCAUCCUCCCCUCCACCACCCCUAGCAACUUCUGGGUUUAUGUGAGGACCUGACCCCAGCUCCAGGCUUUUCUCUCUGCUGCCUCUCAUCCCUUGCCUUGGCCAUUUCCUACCAGGCACCCCAUCCUUUCUUGCACCUCUGCCUGUUUUCCUUAGGACUGAGGUGUGGGAAGGGGAAGGGGCCUGGGGGAGGUGGCUGUGGUGUGCAGCCCCUUCAGCUUGGCCACUCCCUGUCUGUCUCUGUCUCUUUGGGACUAAGAAGCCAGACUUCCCAAGUGCUCUGGAAGCUAAUUCCUUAUUCACCCAAAGAUCUCCAAUCAAAGCUGACCCAGUCUUCACCUCCUCUCACCCCUCUCCAUUCCUCAGGGCUUCGUUGUACACCUACGUUCAUUCCAGAGCCACUGCACUUGUCCUUGCUACACUCCUCAAGGGCACCCUGCAGGCACUUGGCCUUAUUAGCCUUGAGGCAUGGGAAGAUCUUUGUGCUGGUAUCUUAGUUCCUGACCACCCACCCCCUUCCAGCCCUAGAGAAAGUAAGGUGGUAGUGACCAAUCAGUGCAGCCAAAAUCCCUUUCUCACUGUUGUCUCUCCUUAAUCACCUGUUGCUCCCUCCCUGGUGCCCCUCCAGAAACCAAGCAGAACAAAACAGGAUGUUGAACUAAGUAGGUAAAGGGUGAUCACAUUGGAGUUCAGAAUUAAAAACACCCCCCCC